AUGGUGUCAACAAUAACACAUAGCCUCAAACGUAAGACAGUCGACGCGAAAAAUGAAUCACUCUAUACAGCAAUACGUUUUGCAAAUGGUAUUAUGAAAACGAUGGAUAACGAAAGGUUUCGUUCUUUGGUGACUUCUAAACUUGAUCACAAGAACAAACCGAUAGAUGUAGCUGUCCAACGUAAUAAAUGUGGUGAAACUAUUAGAAAAUGUUCUAAUACGAAAACUACAACACAAGGCGAAUUACAAGAUCGUGAAAAAGAACUUGAUGCUUUGGCAAAAUUAUGUCGUUUACUGAUCUAUGUUGUUGUGAUAAAACCAAGUUUACGAGGAAACAUUAUACAUGUGUUGAAUUACGGUGCAUUGGCAGUACCAUAUUCUGAAUGUAUUUGUAUUCUUCGUGAAGAAGAAGAGGAUCAUUAUGAUCCUUUGUAUGCAGUCAACAAACAAAAUCUCAAUGAAGAGAUCACGCUUUUUGAACGUGAUGAAAGAAACAUUUCUGAACUUCUUACGAUAUUUAUUCGAGAAGAACUCCAUUAUAACGACGAUAUACAUUCAGAUUGCAAUAAUAAAUCGUUUAUAAAUGAACCAACAGCUGGAUUAAAUGUCUCAAAUGAUGCUGAUAAUAUAUUUGAUAUGUUUACUUCCGGUGCCAAUGAAAAAUAUUCGAACAAACGAAAAGAUCUAGAUUAUGGCAGUCUUGAAUUUGCUGAAACUACCGAAAAACUUUCAGUAGUGAUUAAUAAACGUCAAAAAUGUUCUACGCCAGGUGAAUUAUUGGAUAUGCCCAUUCGAGAAUCGAUAGCUGUUGAGCAAAGUGCAGAAAUGGACAUUGAUACUAGUGAAUCAAAUUCAUUAAUAGGUAGUCAAUCAUCAGAAAAUGCUCCGCAGAUUUCGAAUAAUGAAGAAGAAAACGAAAAAAUGCGAUUUAAAAUUGAACCUCCUUGUACAUUUCGUGGUCGUCUAUUAAGCGAAUUCGAGCCAACGAAAGUAACAAAACGUAACGGAGAACCAUCAGAACCAGGACCACCACGUUAUUUUGCCGAUGAACAAAAUAAUAACUAUCUCAAUCUAUUGAUUCCAAAUUCAUAUCUUCCAGGUGAUAUAUCUCGAUAUCGUCUUGAAAUCUGCUUGGCUACACGAGAAAUCGAUGGCUAUAGAUAUAUUCAUCCAUAUUUCAAAUUUCGAGUACAACCAAGGGAUCGCAAAUCUCUACUGCUCAAUCCGAUAUAUAUCUAUUUCGAUGAUGAACUUAAAUUAGAAAAAAUAUCGGAAGCAUUACGACAAUUACCACUUCAAUUCAUGAUCGUUAUGCAUACAAAUAAGGAGUUGAUGGAAAGUGUACAACCGUUAACGGUCUUUUCAUCACCAACGGAUAAUAAUCAUAGAAGAAUGAUAAGAACAAAAUUUGAUGACCAGAAAACAUUCAAAGACGCUUAUCAUCUUAAUGAAAUAUUUUUUGCAGUAACAUUGUGGAGCAAAAGCCCUGGCGAAAAUGAAUUCCAUCGACAUGCUGAUAAACAAUAUAUUAGCCAGAUGUCAGAACAAGAUAGACAUGCAAAAGUUCCGAAGAAAGAUACAAAAGAACAUAUUGCAAUUUAUGAAUAUUUGUGCAGUUUUAUUUAUGAACAGAUUGGAAAUUAA